UCCCCGCCUAUCGCCUUGCACUCUCGUCUCGGACAGGGGAGGGUUACCACAGAAGGACUCGCCAGUUCUCACAGUUGGGAUACUUCAGAUCAUUCCAUUGUUUUGGUUUUGCUUAACUCAACACAAAGAGGGACCAUAUCAUAUAUCUACCAAGUUUUCAUAAAUCGCUCUGUACCCAUUUAUUUAUAUAUUGUUUGCUAUUUAUCCUAGUUUAGCAAGUGCAGAAAUGUCAAACACCGGUCCAUCUAGUAUCUUGUCCUACGAGACGCUCGUUCAUGCGGUAGCGGGGGCAGUGGGAAGCGUGACAGCAAUGAGCGUCUUCUUUCCUUUGGACACAGCCAGGCUUCGACUACAGGUUGAUGAAAAUCGAAAAUCGAAAUCAACCCCAGUCAUCCUGGCUGAGAUAGCAAAGGAGGAAGGCGUACUGUCUCUAUACAGGGGAUGGUUCCCAGUCAUCUCCAGUCUCUGCUGCUCCAACUUUGUCUACUUCUACACCUUCAACACUCUGAAGAAGCUGGCCAGUGCAGGCCCGGGGAGGCCAAGGCCGGCUACAGACCUGCUCAUGGGCGUUGUGUCAGGGGCAGUUAAUGUGAUCCUGACCACACCCAUGUGGGUGGUCAAUACGCGGCUGAAGCUACAGGGGGCGAAGUUCAGAAACGAGGACCUCCGGCAGACACACUACAAAGGAAUCUUCGAUGCCUUCUACCGAAUCGUAUCAGAAGAGGGCGUGGCCACCCUGUGGAACAGCAUGCUGCCAUCCCUCAUCCUGGUCUUCAACCCAGCUGUGCAGUUCAUGUUCUAUGAGGCCAUGAAGAGGAAGGCGGGCAAAGGGGGACGGGCGAUAACAUCGGCAGAAAUCUUUGUGAUUGGUGCCGUUGCCAAGGCUGUUGCUACCACGGGAACCUAUCCUCUGCAGACAGUGCAGGCCAUUCUCAGGUUUGGCCAGUAUAAGGGCGAUGGUAAGGGAGGAGCAUUUGCAAGUCUGCGAAGCAUAGUGGCUCUGCUGAUGGAUAGAAUAAAGAAACAUGGUUUCUUUGGCCUGUAUAAAGGCCUGGAGGCCAAGCUGCUGCAGACGGUGCUAACGGCAGCCCUCAUGUUUGUGGUGUACGAGAAGAUCACCACAGCCACGUUUAAAGUGAUGCGCAUCAACAAGGCCAUGAAGCACUGAUGACCAUUACCCCUCUAUCCGCUUUAAUUGCUUCCCUGGGAUGUGCUUGCCAGUGGCGUAAAUAUCGACGGUGCAACCGGUGCACUGCACCGGGGCCCAGACGCCUUGAGGGACCCAUGGAGGGAGAAAAAUAAUAAUAAUCGCCUAGGGCGGCAAAUGUCUAGGGGCCGCCCUCUGGUGGCACCCUCAAUUAAUUAACUAAAUUUUACGAUUACACCGUAGUAAGCGUUUUUAUUAAUGAAAUCUGUCGUGGUGAUGAGUUUGGGGUUGGAGAGCUGAUACAGUCUGCAGAUUAUCAUUCUUUAUCCAUAGCCAAUGAGAAAUGAGCUCUAGGGGUUGGCUUUUAAUAAAAUAGUCCCUUUUGUCUUGGGAUUUUUUUUUACUAAUGUCAAUAUACAUUUAUGAUGUAAAUUGAAAGGAAAACACUCCAUGUGGUUUCUUAUUAAUAACAAACAUCAAACAAGAGUGUUUAUCCUAAUUCAACUAAAAAAUUGUUAAUUUAUUAUUUCUGUGUGUUGUCUUUUGAACUAUCUUACUGCUUCACGAGUUGUCACUCCAACGUUAACUGUUAUGUUGGGUGCAAGUCAGCCAAUGGCUUUACCCAAUUUCAUAACUAUACACUGGGUAUAGCAAAAAGACCAAAGGGUUAUGUAUUUAUGUUCUGAUCUUCUGUAAGUUCGCUCUCCUCAAAUUAUGUCUUACGUUUGGAGAGAAAAUGUUGAGUAGAUUUUUUUUCUCAUUGUUUGCUAAAGCUGUUUUUCUAACUUGUCUAACUUGUCUUUACAAAAGGUAUUUCUCAUUACACCUCAGGCAACCUCAACAGUAAUAAUCAAAUAGUUAGAAAAAUUCACAUAUAAUUUAUUAUAAAAUUCAGUACACAGUCGCAUUAUGUUAUUGUAAUAUUCCACAAACCUACUUUACUAACCCUUUCACAUUUACUGAUAUUUAAUCAUGUUAACGAAAUAAGUACAUGAAGAGUUAUUGUAAUAAUCCAUGUGCCUUUGUUAAGGUUACGUUUACUAAUGUCUUGAUGAUUGUACAAUUGUUUUGGAACAGAAACAUAUUGCUUGUGAGCCUGGGAUUAAAAGGGGAGAACCAAAGCA